AUGUCGUCUCUGAGCAGAGAGUUAGUUUUUUUAAUCCUUCAGUUCUUAGAUGAAGAGAAGUUCAAGGAAUCUGUUCACAAGCUUGAGCAGGAAUCUGGAUUCUUCUUUAAUAUAAAGUACUUUGAAGAGAAGGCUCUUGCUGGUGAGUGGGAUGAAGUGGAGAAGUAUCUUUCAGGUUUCACUAAGGUUGAUGAUAAUCGUUACUCUAUGAAAAUUUUCUUUGAGAUCAGGAAGCAAAAGUAUCUCGAAGCUCUAGAUCGUAAUGACAGAGCAAAAGCUGUUGAGAUAUUAGCCAAAGACUUGAAAGUUUUUGCUACAUUUAACGAGGAGCUUUACAAAGAAAUCACUCAGCUUCUCACUCUUGAGAAUUUCAGGGAAAAUGAGCAAUUAUCGAAAUAUGGUGAUACAAAAUCAGCUAGGAAUAUAAUGUACACUGAGUUGAAGAAAUUGAUAGAGGCAAAUCCUCUGUUUCGAGAGAAGCUAGCCUUCCCCACCUUCAAGGCUUCUCGCCUGAGAACUCUGAUCAACCAAAGCUUGAAUUGGCAACACCAGCUAUGUAAAAACCCAAGGCCUAAUCCUGACAUCAAAACAUUGUUCUUGGAUCACUCUUGCUCUGCAGCAAACGGUGCUCGUGCACUCACUCCUGUGAAUCUUCCUGUUGCAGCUGUUGCAAGACCUUCUAACUUUGUUCCUCUUGGAGUUCAUGGUGGACCCUUUCAACCUACUCCUGCUCCGGCUCCUAAUGCCAAUGCUCUAGCUGGGUGGAUGGCUAACCCAAAUCCUUCCUCAUCAGUUCCAUCUGGUGCAGUGGCUGCUUCUCCUUUUGCUAUGCAACCAAAUCAAGUUAAUGCUCUGAAACAUACUCGAGCACCGUCAAACUCUCUAGGAUUGAUGGAUUAUCAGAACGCUGAUCACGACCAACUCAUGAGACGUUUACGGUCUGCACAAACCGGAAAUGAGGUUACAUAUCCUGCUCCUGCUCCUGCUCCUGCUCAUCCCUCUGCGUCACUUGAUGACCUCCCUAGAAAUGUGGUGAGUACAAUGCACCAAGGGUCGGUGGUGGUGAGCAUGGAUUUUCACCCUGCGCAUCACACGUUACUCGCUGUUGGCUGUUCAAGCGGCGAAGUCACCUUGUGGGAAGUUGGUUCCAGAGAGAAGAUUGUCACAGAACCUUUUAAGAUUUGGAAUAUGUCUGCUUGUUCUGGUGCCCUCCAAGAUACUAUUGUCAAAGAACCAUCGAUAUCUGCCACUCGUGUAGCUUGGAGCCCAGAUGGAAAUUUUAUUGGGGUUUCAUUUACUAAACAUCUGAUUCAUGUAUAUGCGUACCAAGGCUCAGACCUACGUCAACACCUUGAGAUUGAUGCUCAUGUAGGCUGUGUGAAUGACUUGGCUUUCGCCGCCCCAAACAAGCAGAUAUGUGUUGUGACUUGUGGGGAUGACAAAUUGAUCAAGGUGUGGGACAUAAACGGCAAGAAGCUUUACACCUUUGAAGGCCACGAGGCACCGGUUUAUUCCAUUUGCCCUCACCAGAAAGCAAAUAUUCAGUUUAUAUUCUCAACUGCUCUUGAUGGUAAGAUCAAGGCUUGGCUCUAUGAUAAUGUUGGUUCUCGAGUUGAUUACGACGCACCAGGACAGUGGUGUACAACUAUGUUAUACAGUGCUGAUGGAAACAGAUUAUUUUCUUGUGGAACGAGUAAAGAAGGAGACUCUUUCCUUGUUGAGUGGAAUGAGAGCGAAGGUACCCUGAAGAGGAACUAUGUAGGCUUUAGGAAGAAAUCUAAUGGAGUUGUUCAGUUUGAUACAACUCGUAACCGUUUCUUAGCUGUUGGUGAAGACAAUCAAGUCAAAUUCUGGGACAUGGAUAAUACUAAUCUGUUGACAAUUGUUGAAGCUGAAGGUGGACUUCCGAGUCUUCCACGUUUGAGGUUCAACAAGGAAGGAAAUCUUCUUGCAGUUAGUACAGCGGAUAACGGAUUCAAGAUCCUUGCAAAUACUGAUGGUCUUAGAACCUUGAGAGCAUAUGAAUCUCGUUCUCAUGAAGCAUCUAAAGCAUCCAUUGAGAUGAAGGUAUCAACUUCAGCAAUGAUUUCAAGCAUGAGCCCAGCUGUUGGUAAAAUUGAACACAUGGACACAAGCUCUCCUGCAAGGCCCACACCACUUCCUAAUGGAAUUGAGGCAAUAUCAAGAAGUAUAGAAAAGCCAAGAAACUUGGAAUCUGUUGUUGAUAAGUCCAGACCCUUGGAGCUAACAGAAAUUGUGGAUCCCUCUCAGUGCAGACAAGUGACCAUGCCAGACAGCAAGGAUUCUGUCAGCAAGGUUGCUCGGCUUCUUUAUACAAAUUCUGGUGUUGGCGUUUUGGCUCUGGGAGCAAAUGGUGUUCAAAGACUAUGGAAGUGGAGCCGCAAUGAGCAGAAUCCAACAGGGAAGGCAACCGCUAGUGUUACUCCACAGCAUUGGCAGCCUAACAGUGGUCUCUUAAUGGCAAACGAUGCUUCUGAGAAUCCUGAAGCAGCUGUGCCGUGUAUAGCACUUUCUAAGAAUGACUCUUACGUAAUGUCAGCUUGUGGUGGAAAAGUUUCCUUAUUCAAUAUGAUGACUUUCAAAGUGAUGACAACGUUCAUGCCACCACCACCAGCUUCAACAUUUUUGGCAUUUCAUCCUCAGGAUAAUAACAUUAUUGCAAUCGGAAUGGAAGACUCUAGUAUCCAUAUUUACAACGUCAGGGUUGAUGAGGUGAAAACAAAGCUGAAAGGUCACCAGAAACACAUAACUGGUCUAGCAUUCUCUACCGCACUCAACAUCCUCGUCUCUUCUGGUGCUGAUUAGGGGUGGGCACAAUUACUUGUUACUCGGCUUGUACUCGCUACUUGAUUCGUACUUGGCUCUUAAAGUCGAGUACUCGUUUUGUUCAAGUCGAGUAUCAAGUCGUUUAUUUCAAUUACUUGCAAGUAGAAAACAAGUACCAAGUACUAAAAUAAAAGUAACUACUUGGCGUUGUUGGCUUGUUACUCGUGAUUUAUUACUUGAUUUAUUAUCCG